AUGGGACGAGCAAAGAAAGAUCCAAAUGCCCCCAAGCGACCACAGACCGCGUUCUUCCUCUUCGCAGCUGAUCACCGUCCCGCUGCAAAGAAGUCUCUUCCUGAAGGUGCCCGAGUGAGCGAGGUCGCCAAGAAAUUGGGAGUCAUGUGGAAGGAAGCCGACGCCAAGACCAAGGAAAAGUACCAGAGCCAGGCAGAAGAAAACAAGGCCAAGUACGCCGAAGAAAUGGAAGCCUACCGAAACGGCCAGGGCGUUACCGCUAACGAUAGCGAGUAA